CCUGGCUCCCUGUGACGUAGAUGAGAGAAAAGCUGCUUUGGCCGAAGAAUGUUAUUAGUAGACGUCUGAAGGCUUAGAGGAAGAGAAGCAAACUAGUUUCCUCCCAGUCUCGUGGGAGGAGGAGCCCGCUCGUCUGUGCCCGUGUGAGCCGAACACACACACACACAGCCUCCCCCCCUCCCCGGGUCCUCCGGAGCCUCUCGCCGUCCCACGGUGGUGCCUUCAGAGUCUACUACGAGGUUGUUUUUGCAGCAGAUUUUUCUUCAACCGAGCCCUUUUUUAAAUUAUUAUUCACCUAAGAAUAUUAGGGAGUAAAAAAAAAAAGAACCAUGGACAAAGGAGUAGGUUUAGAAAGAAGUUAGCGACAACUCGCGCAAAGUCCCCUUCGGAGCAAAGAAGUCGCGUCCGGUGAGGAGAGGGGCGCGAUGGGGAUGGAUUUCAGCUCUCUGAGGACCCUCAUCAGCAGAUACUGUGCCGGUGAGGAGAACUGGGUGGACAGCAGGACGAUUUACAUCGGACACAAGGAGCCUCCUCCAGGAGCCGAGGCCUUUAUACAGCAGAGAUUCCCCGACAACAGAAUAGUCUCCUCUAAGUACACAUUUUGGAACUUCGUCCCGAAGAACAUGUUCGAGCAGUUCAGGAGAGUCGCCAACUUCUACUUCCUCAUCAUAUUCCUGGUCCAGUUGAUGAUCGACACGCCCACCAGCCCCAUCACCAGCGGGCUGCCGCUAUUCUUCGUCAUCACGGUCACCGCCAUCAAACAGGGCUACGAGGACUGGUUGAGGCACAAAGCCGACAACUCCGUCAACCAGUGUCCCAUCCACGUGGUGCAGCACGGGAAAGUGGUCCGCAAGCAGAGUCGCAAGCUCAGGGUGGGAGACGUGGUCUUGAUGAAAGAAGAUGAAACUUUCCCCUGCGACCUCAUCCUUCUCUCCUCGUCUCGAGACGACGGCACCUGCUUCGUUACCACGGCCAGUCUGGACGGAGAGAGCAGCCACAAGACGUACUACGCGGUUGAGGACACCAGAGCUUACAACACUGAGAAGGAGGUGGACUGCAUCCACGCUACGAUAGAAUGUGAACAACCGCAGCCGGACCUGUACAAGUUCGUUGGCCGUAUCAACAUCUACAUGGACAGCGAGCCGGUGGCCAGGCCCUUAGGAUCAGAGAACUUGCUGCUCAGAGGAGCCACGCUCAAGAACACUGAGUACAUCUACGCGGUUGCCAUCUACACCGGCAUGGAAACCAAGAUGGCUCUCAACUACCAGUCCAAGACUCAGAAACGCUCCGCGGUGGAAAAGUCGAUGAACGCCUACCUGGUGGUCUACCUGUGCAUCCUCAUCUGCAAGGCGUUCGUCAACACGCUGCUGAAGUACGUGUGGCAGGCCAGCCCCGACCGGGACGAGCCCUGGUACAACAACAGGACGGACGCCGAGAGACAGAGACACAUCGUGGUCAGGGUGUUCACGGACUUCUUGGCCUUCAUGGUGCUGUUCAACUACAUCAUCCCGGUCUCCAUGUACGUCACCGUGGAGAUGCAGAAGUUCCUGGGCUCCUACUUCAUCAUGUGGGACGACGAGAUGUUCGACGAGGAGCUCGGGGAGCGGGCCGUGGUCAACACGUCGGACCUGAACGAGGAGCUCGGCCAGGUGGAGUACGUCUUCACGGACAAGACGGGGACGCUGACGGAGAACAACAUGGAGUUCAUCGAGUGCUGCGUGGACGGACACGUCUACGUUCCUCACGCCAUCUGCAACGGACAGGUGAUGCCCGGUGCAACAGGUAUGGACAUGAUUGACACAUCACCGGGUCCCGGGGCCAGGGAGCACGAGGAGCUGUUUUUCCGGGCGCUGUGUUUGUGCCACACGGUGCAGGUGAAGGAGGAGGAGACGGUGGACGGCAUCAAGCAGGGCAUCCACCAGGGCAAGUCCACCUCCUUCUACAUCUCCUCGUCUCCAGACGAGGUGGCACUGGUGGAGGGAAUGAAGAGACUCGGUUUCACAUAUCUACGACUGAAAGACAGUCACAUGGAGAUCUUGAAUAGGGAGGAUGAGGUUGAGAGGUUUCAGCUGCUGGAGGUUUUGACUUUUGACUCCGUCAGACGGAGGAUGAGCGUCAUCGUCAGGGACAGCUCCGGCGAGCUCUAUCUGUUCUGUAAAGGCGCAGACUCCUCCAUCUUCCCCAGGGUCGUAUCAGGCAAGGUGGAUCAGGUCAAAGCUCGGGUGGAGCACAACGCAGUGGAGGGCCUGAGGACACUCUGCGUGGCCUAUCGGCCUCUGAGCCCCGAGCAGUACCAGGAGGUUUGCCACAUGCUGAACGAGGCCAAACUGGCACUGCAGGACCGAGACAAACGCCUGGCCGAGGCCUACGACGUCAUCGAGAAAGACCUGAUCCUGCUGGGGGCAACUGCCGUGGAGGACAGGCUCCAGGAAAAAGCGGCGGACACCAUCGAGUCCCUCCACAAGGCCGGCAUGAAGGUGUGGGUGCUGACCGGCGACAAGAUGGAGACGGCGGCCGCCACCUGCUACGCCAGCAAGCUGUUCCACCGCAACACCCAGAUCCUGGAGCUGACCACCAAACGCACCGAGGAGCAGAGUCUCCACGACGUCCUGUUUGAGCUGAGCAGGACCGUCCUGAGGCAGCAGGGAGGCAUGGCCAGGGACUCCCUCUCUGGUUUAUCGGGUGACUGUACGGACUACGGCCUGAUCAUCGACGGGGCCACCCUCUCCGCGGUCAUGAAGCCCACCCAGGAGGACUACAAGGAGAUCUUCCUGGACAUCUGCCGCAACUGCAGCGCCGUGCUCUGCUGUCGGAUGGCGCCGCUGCAGAAAGCCCAGAUCGUGAAGCUGAUCAAAGCCUCCGAGGAGCACCCGAUCACGCUGGCCGUCGGAGACGGGGCCAACGACGUCAGCAUGAUCCUCGAGGCCCACGUCGGCAUCGGCAUCAUGGGUAAGGAGGGUCGUCAGGCGGUGAGGAACAGCGACUACGCCAUCCCCAAGUUCAAACACCUGAAGAAGAUGCUGCUCGUCCACGGACACUAUUACUACAUACGCAUCUCUGAACUCGUGCAAUACUUCUUCUACAAGAAUGUCUGUUUCAUCUUCCCUCAGUUCCUCUACCAGUUCUUCUGCGGCUUCUCACAACAGCCGCUGUACGACACGGCCUACCUGACCCUGUACAACAUCAGCUUCACCUCGCUGCCCAUUCUGCUCUACAGUCUCAUCGAGCAGCACAUCAACAUGGACAUCCUGAGGAAGGACCCGUCCCUCUACAGGGACAUCGCUAAGAACUCGUUGCUGCGCUGGCCCAUCUUCAUAUAUUGGACUCUCCUGGGUGCGUAUGACGCCUUGGUGAUGUUCUUCGGGGCCUACUUCCUGUUUAACAACACCACCUUCACCAGCAACGGACAGCUAAUGACAGCCAACACACAGAUGAUGUUUGGAAACUGGACAUUUGGAACGCUCAUCUUCACCGUGCUGGUCUUCACGGUAACAUUCAAGUUGGCUCUGGAUACUCAUUACUGGACCUGGAUCAACCAUUUUGUCAUCUGGGGCUCACUGAUUUUCUUUGUUGUCUUCUCUCUGCUGUGGGGAGGAAUCAUCUGGCCCUUCCUCAACUACCAGAGGAUGUACUACGUCUUCAUGCAGAUGUUGUCCAGUGGCCCGGCCUGGCUCAGCAUAAUCCUUCUGAUAGCAGCCAGCCUGCUGCCAGAUGUGUUGAAGAAGGUCAUCUGUAGGACUCUGUGGCCCACCACCACUGAGCGCAUACAGGAUGCCGAUAAACUCUACGAGGGCCAGCUGUCCGAGUUCACCCCGCUGGCGUCCCUGCACGCCCCGUCCAAGGCCGGCGGCCAGCGGCGAGGCUCGGCCAACCAGCGGAACGCCGCCAACCCUCGAAGGUCUGAUCCCUUUAGCAAGAAAACCAUGUUCACGCGCUGGCAACGAGCGCCCGACUACUCCACCUUCACCCCCCUCCUCCGAUUCGCCGAUGGCGCCCACCGCGCCCACGGCGAGGCGGGGCCGGGGACCUCAGUCUAGUCAAUCUCUCUCUCUUUUUCUUUUUUUUCUUCUUUUUUCUAUUCUCCCGAAGAGUGAUUUAAAACGCAGUAACUCAAACUAAUUCAUUCGUGUUCCUGGACUCGAACCCACCGGGCAGGAUGCUGGUAGCACGUGCACACGCUCCAAGGCGCUUACAAGGAAGGUGACCUUCGAACUGCUCAAUGGCGUCAGCGGCCAGGUGGCGGCUCCGGGACGGAUUCCCUCCGCCGCAUCCAACUCGAGAGCCUUAAUAUCUUAAAUCACAAAAAAAAACAUGUGCACCGGCCCUUUACGCCUUCGACAGCCGGAGCGUACUCCACCGCGACUUAAGCGUACUCCGCCGCGACUUUUUAACCCGAUGUGUUGUGUGAUGAUGUCGCUGCCGAUGAAGACGGCGACGGGCAGCUCCAGCUUAUCUCUGACCAAACGUUUCCUUCCAUCCCUCUCUUUCUCCUUCUGCCUCUUUUCAGGACUAACUGGUGUUGCCUGUGUGCAAACAUAUUAUCCCGGAACACUGGCUAGGACGCUCUGCCACAUUGUAAGGAGGAGCGCAAGUAGAGUAGCGACGCCUGUAGGUGUUGGAGAAGUGGAGCUGAGUUGGUCUUUUUUUUUCCCCUGUUUUUUUAUUGGCCAGUGCAUAAAAUGUCUCAGAGAAAGACCAACUUUAGUUGCACGUCACAACACUUUCAACCCUUUCAGCUUUCAAUCUCCCACGUAGCUAGUCUGCGGUGAUUGGGUGGACGAGACAGGUGUUAGCUGGCGGUAUGCGUGAUGCUACAUGGAGCUUUUCGUGGCUUAGAAACGUCUGACAGCUUCCCAGCGCUUUCUGCGCGCCUUAAUGUCCCCUUGUAAAUACCACGUUAUCUACCCCAGAGACCUUUUACCAAAGAAACAAGGACACAAUGAGGCGGCCUUUAGACACAGACUGCUGGAUGUAUUGGAGCUGAAGUGUGCGCUCUGUAGGUCAACGUACACACUGAUGGUUCUGUAAAAGGUCAGCUGGAAUCCUAAAGAUGUAGAAAAACGCAGCUCUCUAAAUGAAAUGUUUAAACCAUUAGGUGCAUGUCUACUCAUACUAUUUUAACUUAAAGCACCUUAAAUAUGAACAUGCAAACUGUGUCCUUAUUGAGACGAUCUUAACACAACUAAAGUGCCCCAGACUACUAAAAGAAACAUGCCUUUUUCUGAGAUUUGAUCAUUUGAAAAACAGACAUUUGUUGAUGAGAACCCAUCAUGAAGCUGGAUGGUUAGCUUAGCUUAGCACAAAGAAUGGACAACCGGCUUCAUGUUUCAGAGUGGUACCUUAACGAAUGAGAGCGUUUCACCAAAUGUCAAACUAUUCGCUGAGGUUGAUGCAGCUGAGAUAGAGAAAUGGAACUGUAUGCACCCAGAGAGUGGAUAAUUAAUUAAUUAUCCACAACAGUCUUCCAUGAAAGGGGGUGUCUCUAAAUUCUGUCUCGCACUUUCCUUCCUGAACAUUUAUCCUCUCUUUCUAGCUCUCUCCCUGUCUCUCUCUCUCUCUCUAUCAUCCUCUUUGUGGUGAAACAAUGCUGAUGUGAAAGCUCUCCCACCGCCGCGAGAGCCGCCCCCAAACCGACCUGGACCCCCUCUCUCCCGUGUGCCCCUCUGCAUCUCCUCGGCCGUCCACCUCUCCACCUGCGGCUGUGGGGCCGAGGAGGGAAGAUGUUUUCUGCUCAGCGUGUACUUUUCUGAACCAAAGCCAAUUGUUGCUGCUCCAGAUCCUUUUAGCUGCUUUUAUAUUAGGUGCCUUGAGGUAGUUUCUUUCUCUUUCUCUCUCUCUCUCUGCUGAACUGUCUCUUGCUUUACGGUGAACCUACGACUAAUUGGAGGCAUUUGGAUCGUGCAAACGCACGCCGGCCGAUGGACAAACGAUUCAGAUACAUCGUACAAUCAAUGAACAAAGUCAUUUCUUCUUGCACAAAAACAUUCAAUAACUUACUUGUAAUGUCCAUUUUUUAUUUGCUUUAAUUCCAAAUGUUGAUUGGUAUCCAGUAGGGCAUCUGCCUCUGCGGUGUUAUUUUAAUUGUUUUGUAUUAGUGUAAAAUUCCUCUUCACCACGUGAAGAGUGAGAACACUGAAGCACACUGGAACGAUGUCUCUGGGAUGCGAUGUCAUCUUCAACCUUUAUUUAUGAAUGAGAUGUAUCAAUAUUUAUAUGAAGUUAACAUACGACAAGGAGUCUGUAGUUGUAUCUGACUGUGCAGAUUGCAACUAACCCGACCAAAGAUAAAUUCCCCAUUCGAACCUUUCACAGUGAGGUCUGUGGAUUAGAAAGAAAACCGUGGAAUCCACAUUAUUUUAUGAUGCAAUUAGAAGAAAAAAAAGCAAAUCCCGCCGGUACUGUCGUGCUUUUUCGUGUGUCCGUUAGAGAACUUUUUAUACAUCCUGGAGGCAGCAUUUGAUGCGUGUCUCGUUCACGUAGAGGAACAAAUAGCUUUAAUAAAGGUUUUCUGUGGCGUCGGCUCAGUUACACCCCUGCACUGGACAUCACAUGAUGAUGAUCGGCACUCUGCUGUAGAACGCGUCCAAAGCCAUUAACGGAUCAUUCAACACCACCUAAACUGACAGCCUUGGAACAGAAUGUUAUCUUUCUCUUUUACGAUGUAUUAUUGUAUAGUGUUGUAUUUAUCAUAACCAACCGUAUCUGUUCAUCGCUGUAUACUCGGAUACAGUAUAUAUAUGCAACAUAUAUAAAGGUAGUUAUGUUAAUUGAUGUACAGUUUUGGGGUCUUUUUAUAAAACAGUUUUUAACAGUAACAUAUCAAGAUUUAAAUGUGGAUUUUUUUUGCCAACAUUUCUGUAGCCAUUGAUGGCAAUCGACUGUAUAUUUGCUUGGAAAUAAAAGCCAGAAGUGGAAAUAUAUAAAGCCGAA